UUUUAACAUAUAUUUUUUAUUUCAUUAUGACACAGUAAAUGCAUACAUAAAAGGGAAUUACAAUGUAUAUUGCAUUUCACUUUCUUUGUUGGAUUUGUUUUAACGCAGGCAUUUUAAAUCUUCCAUACUGUAGGGCCUUUUUAAGAACAAAUUCAAAACCUUUUCGUUAAACCUUUAAUUCUAGUAUUCGUGCACUGUUUUUCCACAUUUGUCUGUGUUGCCUGGUUGUACACACUGUAUCAUGCCUUUGUUUUUAUUUGCUUAAUUUUGUGAAAUCACAAUGUGUUAUCUUCAGUAUGACACAAGCUUAAUCCGGUAAAUGAACUUUAACUUGAACUGUGACCAAUCAUCCUGAAGUUUAUUUGCACAGAUUGUGAAGUCUGCAUCGUGCAGAGAUAAUAACUGGGAAUGAUUUUCCCUACAACAGUUUUCAAAAUACCAGUGUUGCCCAACAUAAAUGGGCUAAGACAAAGUGUAAACCGAACAGGCAGAGAUACAUUAGUUGUGGAUAAGUGGACAUUCCAUAAAACAGAAAAAGUACUGAAGGGAAAACACCCCUUACGCUGCCACUACAAAGAGUCCUGAACCACUUCUCUAUAUGGUUUCUUCUUUUACAAAUAUGCAUGUAUGUAUAAAUUUGAAAGAAUACCAUGAGUCCAAUCACCUACGCUGAGUGAAAAGCAAAGAUGAGUAGAUGUCACCUAUCCUCAUUCUUAUUACGCAUGUCUGACAUAAAGAGAGAAUCCACAGCGUCAUUAAACUCAAACCACAACUUAAUAUCAUUUCCAUCUGGGUGGCACUAUUUCCUCGUUUUGUUAUUGUGUAUGCAUGGAAUAAUAUAAUGUGAUUUACUGCACUUAAUGCAAUUUUAAAAACCAACAUUAAGUAUCUAUUAUAAGUUCUAUAUCUGUGCUAGUUUAGUGGAUACAGGCAUGUUACUGUACUGUUGUGUUACUGAUUUGUGUAGUCAUAUUACUAUUAUUGAUACUACUAGUACUAACACUGAUAAUAAUAAUAAUAAUAAGAGUAAAAUGAAAACACAAUAAUAAUAAAAAUAAUAAUACCUUGAAAUGGUAUGUAUCAUUUAUAUAAUUUUAUAGUAUAUAUUGUAUACAGUAUAAAUAAAAUAAUAUAAAAUAAUAUUAAAAACAUAUAUAAUGAUAAUAGAAAAUUAUCAUAUCAAAAUUCCAUAAGUGCUAUGUCAUAUUUUUUUCCUUGAGAGUUCAAGAUCUUGAAAUCUCAAGGAAAAAAAUAGUAUCAGCACAUCUCAUGGGAGGAGUAGCCCAUAUGUGAUGCAUGAUUCUGAAAAAAAAAAAAUCCCCCGCAUGUAUGAAGCAUGUUUAACCGUUUCUCUUCCAGUCAGUCUCCUCCUAUCUGUCUUUUGGCUAUAAAUUAAGACAAGAGAGAGCCUAAAUACAUGCACUUUUCUCUUUUGAGCUCUUCAGCAAGAUCCUACCAAGAAGAUUUCUCCUCUCAGAAGUCAGAGAGCCUCUACGUCCAUUAAGCCAGCAGCAUCUGCACUCCUGAGGACUCCACUCUUCUCUACAUCCACAAGACUUCAGCAGAUUGUCAGCAUGACUCCUCGGUCUCUCCUCCUGUCCGUCCUGGUUCUCUUGUCUUUCUUCAGCACCGCCUGGUGCAGUCCCAUGUGCAAGAACCAGUGCUGCCGUUUCGUGGAGGGCUUCCCUGUCAGGCUCAAGAAGCUCAGAGAGGACUAUUCACAGAUCAGAGACUUCUAUGAAGCAAACGAUGACUUGGACACAGCGCUGCUAGACCAGAGCGUCGAUGACUCUUUUAAAAGCCCGUUUGCCUGCCACACCAUGAACAGCAUACUGGAGUUUUAUCUGGGCACGGUUCUGCCCACAGCCAUGGCCGGAGUGACGGAGGACAUCAAGGACUUAAAGCCGCACAUGGAGUCCAUCCAGCAGAUCUUCGACGAGCUCAAGAGGGAUGUCACCAGAUGUAGAAAUUACUUCUUCUGCAAGAAACAGUUUGACAUAAGAACCCUAAACUCUACUUACACUCAGAUGGAGAGUAAAGGGGUAUAUAAGGCCAUGGGCGAGCUGGACCUGCUGUUUAACUACAUUGAGACAUAUCUGGCUUCUAAACGGCAUGGAAACCAAGUGGCCUUGGUUUGACCUGCUGACCCUAAUCAAAAUGUGACCAUGUUCAUCUCAGGAAAAAGAAGACAGUCACUGAAUGUUGCACUCUUUUGCAUUCAAUCCAUUGUUUUCAGUGGUAUGAGUGUUGCCAGAUGUUGAUUUUCUUUUAUGAGCUUGCUGAACUGAUGUCUUUAUUGUUCUGAGACUUCUAUUUACUUUUUUGUCCUGAGGACAAGUUUCUGUUUUAGGACCAUAUUGAGUCCUACACAUAUGAAGUUACAACCAAAACUGUCACUUAAGAAGCUGUGAUAUUUAUUUUUUAUCAUAUAUAAUAUGUAUUUUUAUAUUUAUUAUGACUAAAUUUGUAUUGUUACAGAUGAAUAAAUGAUAAUUGUUGAUAA